AUGCCAUCGCAAGAAAUUGGAGAGACUAUCCCAGCGAAUACGCCUCAUGCUGUUUCUGUUACGCUUCCAACAUGGGAAGCAACAGUUGGCUACGAAGAGGGCCAGGAUUGGGUAGUAUCCAAGAUGACUUCCGGGUAUCCAAGAUUCUUUAUCCAUUCAGUUAUCCAGCAGCUUGCCAAGGGCAUAGAAGCCAAGUAUGGCCGUGACGGAGAACGUUGUAUGAUUUUCCCAACCUAUAAUGUAGCUAAACGAUGCAGAGAGUUUAUCAAAGAGAAGACCAGCUUGGAUCAGGUCUUAGUCAGAGUUUUACAAUUAAGUACUAGGGCACCUAAGGAUGAAAAUGAGAAAUCAACAGUCAUUGAGACGAACAUUGGAGUUGUUUUUUUCCCUCUAUCCGAAUUCUCCUUGGCCAAGAACUAUUGGCAACACCUGGGUGAAGGUAUCUCUUCUAGAAUGGGUGAAUAUUUACUCAAGGAAUUGAUUGAACCUCAAGCUGCUACUAAUCCAAGAGGCAAUAUGAAAGCAGAAUUACAGGCUAAACAAAUACAACUGAAAUCUCCAUCUAUUUCUAUAUCAUCAUCUGGAACUAACGCCUUAGAGAGUGAUAAGGAAUCUGAUACCUUCAUUGAACAGAAGUAUGGCCGUGUUUUAGAUUUAAAGUUUGCUCCAGAAGCCAAGGUUGCAUUGAGGAGAAGAAUUUCCGGAAAGGCUGACAAGUCCCAUAAUCAAGAAGAAGAGAUGGAAAAGGCUCGUAGAGGUAAGAAUUUAAGUGAAACCGACGUUUAUUUGUAUCCAACUGGGAUGGCUUCGAUUUUCAACGCACAUCAAGCUUUAAUGAAAAUCUUCCAGCCUACUCCUAAGAUUUCUGUUAUGUUUGGAUUUCCUUAUGUAGACACCUUAAACAUCUUAAAAAAAUUCGGACCUGGCGUUCAUUUCUUAGGGUUAGGUGACGACGAAUCUUUAGAUGAGUUGGAAAGAGAUUUGGCAGAUGGUAAGCUUGAUAUCAUGGCACUCUUCUGUGAGUGCCCUUCAAACCCUUUGUUGAAGACUCCAGAUUUACCUAGAAUUAGAAAACUAGCCGAUAAAUAUGGAUUUGCUGUUGUUAUCGACGAAACGAUUGGAAACUUUUUAAAUAUUCAUGUUCUCCCAUACGCAGACAUAGUCGCUUCAUCUUUAACCAAGGUGUUUUCUGGAGAUUCAAACGUUAUGGGUGGUUCAAUAAUCAUCAAUCCUAGCUCUCCCUUCUACCCUCAGCUUCAGAAGUACUUUAAUGAAGAAUAUGAAGAUUGCUUUUGGGCAGAAGAUGCAUUAUACUUAGAGAGAAACUCACGAGAUUUUGCAGACAGAUCUGCUAAGAUCAACGAAACAUCACUUGCUGCCUUGGAACUUCUUGUCAAUUCCCCAUUGAUCUCCAAAGUGUACUACCCCUCUAUUUCAGAAUCCAAGAAGCAUUAUGAUGCUAUCAAAACCUCUACUGGUGGGUACGGUGGAUUAAUGUCUUUUCUCUUCCAUGAUCCUGCUGAUGCGGUUUGCUUUUUCAACGCCGUCAAUAUCCACAAGGGCCCUUCAUUAGGUACCAAUUUCACAUUGGCAUGUCCAUAUGCGAUAUUGGCUCAUUACGAGGAAUUAGAUGAAAUUGCCAAGUGGGAUAUCGACAGAAAUUUAAUUAGAAUCAGUGUUGGAUUAGAAGAUAAAGAUGAGUUGAUUGAAGUAUUACAGAGAAGCUUAGAUACCGCUGCUGCUCAGCAUAAAUGA